ACUAAAAUCUAGGGCUGGUUCAGUUGCCCGGGACAAAAAAAAAGCAUGUUGCAAAUUUGUAAUACUGGGAACGAAUGCAAAAGUUGCUAAGAAAAUCUGUUAACCAUUCAAGAUACGUUAUGUUACUUUUGAAUCAAUUGUGAAUCAGGAUCCAUGCGACUUGGCUGAGGCUGUGCUAAUAAAAUAGGAGAGAAUUUGAUCAUUUCUGAAACUAAAAGAAAAACAGCAUAUAGGAUGAAAGUCGACAAUUGCCAUAAAAUAUGAACUCUACCAGUUAAAAGGAGCUGAUCGUUUGGGAUUCACCUGGAAAGACAGUGGGACUUUGCCUCUGCCAGUUCGCCUCCUGGCGCACUCUGGCCGCACUUCACGUUUCUGUCGAAUAACCUCCCGAAUUUCGCCGCUGCCGUGAGACAAGCAGCCAAGAGAGGCCGACAGAUCCCGAGGUAUACCGUAUCCACAGAAAUAAGCAGCGCGCACGAAGCGAGAGGUACAGCUGGCGCUCUAUCUGUACUCGGAGCUCCCACACAGGGUUGCCAACUCAUCGACGCGGUCGGGGAUCGAUUGGAUCAGCUUGCGCGUGGCACCCCGCUGACGACGCCCGGCACACGCGCAUGCGCAGUGUGCCAGUAAGAUGGCGACAUCUUUGCAGCGGUUGAGUCGUGUGGCCGGACUGAGGCUUCUCGGAAGGGCUUGGACUAGCUGGAAGCGACAGCCCAUCCUACACAACUGGAAUAGAUUCCAGGCAACACAAGCAACAGCUGCACAUGUUGUUCUGAAUAUUCCAGAAACAAAAGUCACUGUUUUAGAAAAUGGACUUCGAGUGACAUCUGAAGACUCUGGUCUUCCUACAUGUACAGUUGGACUAUGGAUUGACGCUGGGAGCCGCUAUGAGAAUGAGAAGAACAAUGGAACAGCUCAUUUUUUGGAGCACAUGGCUUUUAAAGGCACAAAGAAACGCUCUCAGCUGGACUUGGAACUUGAAAUCGAGAACAUGGGAGCCCAUUUAAAUGCAUACACAUCUAGAGAACAAACAGUGUAUUAUGCUAAAGCAUUUUCUAAAGAUCUGCCCAGAGCUGUUGAAAUCCUUGCAGACAUUAUUCAGAACAGUACCUUGGGAUCCGCUGAGAUUGAGCGUGAGCGAGGUGUUAUUUUAAGGGAAAUGCAAGAAGUUGAAACCAAUCUGCAGGAAGUAGUCUUUGACUAUCUGCACGCCACAGCAUAUCAGGCAACAGCUUUAGGCCGUACCAUUCUGGGACCUACGGAAAACAUCAAAUCCAUAACUCGAAAUGACCUAGUGGAAUAUAUCACAACGCACUACAAAGGACCAAGGAUGGUAUUGGCUGCAGCUGGAGGAGUGGAUCAUGAUAAAUUGGUUGACUUGGCAAAGCAUCAUUUUGGUAAUCUACUAACAACCUACAAUGGUCAUACCACACCAGACCUGCCUCCUUGUAAGUUCACAGGAAGUGAGAUUCGGGUAAGAGAUGACAAGAUGCCAUUGGCUCAUAUUGCAAUUGCUAUUGAAGCUAUUGGCUGGUCACACGCAGACACUAUUCCCCUCAUGGUAGCAAAUACCUUAAUUGGUAACUGGGACCGUUCUUUUGGUGGUGGUGCGAACUUGUCCAGUAAGUUGGCACAGAUUGCUUGCCAGGGUAAUCUCUGCCACAGUUUCCAAUCUUUCAACACCUGCUAUACAGAUACUGGUCUGUGGGGGCUUUACAUGGUCUGUGAGCCCAAUACGAUUGACAACAUGCUGCAUUUUGUUCAAAGAGAGUGGAUAAGAUUGUGUACCAGUGUUACUGACAGUGAAGUUGCAAGAGCCAAAAACCUCUUAAAAACAAACAUGUUGCUGCAGCUUGAUGGAUCAACACCAAUCUGUGAAGACAUUGGGAGACAAAUGUUGUGUUAUAACAGAAGGAUUCCAAUCCCAGAGCUUGAAGCUCGUAUUGAAGCUGUUGAUGCUAACACAAUAAGGGAUGUAUGCACCAAGUAUAUCUACAAUAAAUGUCCUGCAGUUGCAGCUGUUGGUCCUAUUGAACAGCUCCCAGAUUAUAACAGAAUUUGCAGUGCAAUGUACUGGGUGAAUGUGUAAAUUACACAAGAUAAAUGUUUAUAUUCUAUUAAAUGUAAAAUAAAGUGAGACAUUUGUACUAGA